AUGAAUUUUUUAUCAGGAACAGAAGAUGCUAUUUCCUUGGAAAGAUUGCGUGAAACGCUAAUUCGAUUAGAAGAUACUAUAAUUUUUGCUCUUAUAGAGCGAGCUCAAUUCAGCUACAAUAAACCUGUUUACGAGCCCGGCUUUUAUAAAUAUAAGGACUGCGAAGAUUUUGAAGGAAGCUUCUUAGAAUACUUUUUGCGAGAGUCAGAAAAGGUACAUGCUUCAAUAGCAAAAGUAAGAAGAUAUCAAAGUCCCGAUGAAUAUCCUUUUACUACUGGACCUCUUCCCGAUCCAAUAAUUCCCCCUCUUGAAUACCCGCAAAUUCUUAAGCCAAAUAACAUUAAUAUUAACGCAAAAAUAAUGGAAUUUUAUGUUGAGAAAAUUGUCCCUUCGUUAUGUGCCAUGGAUGAUGAUCAGAAUUAUGGUUCUGCUGCAACUCGAGAUGUUUUUGUUGCCGAAGCAAAAUUCCGGGAUCCAGAACUUCAACCAAAGUACAUCGAAUACAUAAAGUCUCGUGAUUCAAAAGCUAUUGAAGAGUUAUUAACAAAUAAAAAAGUAGAAGAAGCUUUGUUAAAACGCCUUAAGCGUAAAGCCCUCAUUUAUGGUCAAGAUAUAACUGAGGCUGGCGAUUUUAAAUUAGAUGCUGAGCAUCCAUCAAAAUAUUUAAAGAUCAAUGUAGACUUAGUUGUUGAAUUGUACGAAAAAUGGGUAAUUCCCCUGACAAAAGAAGUUGAAGUUAGUUAUCUUUUAGAACGUCUUGAUAACAACUAA